AGAAGUCUUUCCUCUCCUGCGGCAAUCGGCAAGCUUCACCUCUCUAGAAAUCCAGCUUGCAGCUGCACCACAGAGGAGAGUCUUCUACAAUUUUAGAUUGAGAUUCGCAGGUCUUCGCCUUAACUUCACUCAGCGCACUUGCUUUCGUUCGCUACAGCUUCCAAAAUGGCACCCCAAUUUCAGAAGAUGGUUGUGGUUCUCGUUGCACUGGUCAUCUUUCAGAGUGGUCCUUCUGUGGCACAAGGCCCAGUAUCAGCACCAUCCACGACACCGACCCAGGCUCCGCCUGCAACUCCCACAGUUCCUCCUCCCACCACCAAUCCCACUGUCCCUCCGACCGUGAGCCCCACCCCACCAGCAUCCCCUCCCACCGUGAGCUCCACCCCACCAGCAUCCCCUCCCACCGUGAGCUCCACCCCACCAGCAUCCCCUCCCACCGUGAGCUCCACCCCACCAGCAUCCCCUCCUACCGUGAGCACCGCCCCACCAGCAUUCCCCCCUUCUGCAUCCCCGCCCACUUUCGUCAUCAUCACCGAACCUACCGAGGCUCCUCCAUCCGUGCCCACAGCCACUCCUUCCACCCCCAAGCCAUCUCCCGAACUCAGCUCUGCGAACUCAGCUCCUGCACCUGGACCUGCAUCCGAACAGAGCGCUGGAGUGAUGACGACCGUUUCCAGAUGGACAACUCUUGUGCUCGCUUCAGGUCUUCUGGUUGCCGUAGCAUUGUAGGUGGUCUUAUGACUCUCUCGGGUCCUCGAUUUUAGAUUCCCCUCAAUCAUUAUGUUAUAUUAGUCUAAUUGCAAGGUAGAAUAAUUUACAAUGCUAUGGACAAUGGACCGAGAUGUCGAAAAAAAAGCUGUAGAAAAACUGUGAUCGAUUCAUGUACUCAGAGAGAACUCGGUUCGUUCUCGUGAAUCAUCCUGUCAAGCUAGAUGAACGUGUCAACGAAUAGUCAGGAUUAAGACUCAAAUUGCGCUGCUCAGUUCAGAACGGUUUCCAGUUGAACCUGCUGCGGUGACGUCUUCGACUCACUUUAAUGAAAGAUAGAAAGGGUACAUUUAGCAAAGCCAUUUCUGAUAUGAAAAAUACUCAAAAGAUUUUGAGAAUGAUUUAGCUCACGGAUUGAGAGUAUGUGCUCCGGUGCGUGCCUUGCCCACACAUGGGCUAGUUUGCUGUGAUUCAACCAAAAUCCAUCAACGAUAUUACCAUUGAGUUU